GGGUUACAGUUUCCACUAUCACCGGUUCACGAGUCGCCAGCAUACAGAUUAUGGUGACGUUAAGCAGUGGGUUCAUGUUGUGAUCUGCACAUAUGCGAGGUUCUUGUCAUCUCUUCACAUCGCUCAGAUGCUAGUGAUGGAGCUGUCGAAGGGGAAGCUGUAUCGGCGGUGAACGGGCCACACACGGCAGGGAGGGAACGCGGAAGUGUCAGCUAUCUCGGCAUCGGUACAACGCUGACGUUCCAAACAGGCUGACAGUGCUUCUGGACUUGGGACAGGUAUGCCGGCCGCACGUGGUAAAGCGUCCGCUGCUGCAGCAGGGGGCCUCCUUAUCAUCAUCUACUGCUGCGGCCUCGCCUACGACACGUGGAUGGUCGCAUAUGAGCGAAUGAGCAAGCGACGAAGUCGAGUCAUAGCUAAUGUUGGAUUAUUCAGUGCGUGUGGUUAUGAUAUUAAUCUUCAGGUUUUAGAUGAGGCAAUGCCAAAGGACUGCUUCAGUUUGCUCGUUGCUGGUGUGCCAGGCUGGGUGCGUGCAGUUCAGUUCUUUGCCAUCAUGUGUCUCGUACUGCUGUGUGUAGCAUCAGUUAUAUGGUGCUGCAUUAUCCUCCUUGGGAAGCUAACAGAAACGAGGAUAAUCGUACCAUUCUUUAUUUUGUGGACCAUUACAGGUCUAUUCUCCUUAGUCCAUCCGGUAGUCUUCGCUUGUAACAUGCGACCUGGUGACCUGGUGACGGGGGAUGAAGAUUCGAAGUUCCCACAUCGGUACACCUUUUACUGGGGGGCCUUCUACCUGCACUGUGUGGCGGCGGGAUUUAUGAACCUUUUCACUCUAAUAGGACUGUGCUGCUUCUGUCUAGUAAAAUAUGGUUGAAAUACUGCUGAUGUGACUUACAAUCUGAACUCACUCACUCUCGCACUGUCUAAUAAAAUGCUUGCAGAAGUAUAUGGAAGGCGAAGGUUGUAAACGAUCUUCAAAGCCAGUUCUCAUGAUCGUGUCUCCUUAUUUCCCAGUGUUUCACGUGUAAGUGACUCUGUUAGGGCAAGAGUAAGUUACCCACAAAUUGUGUUCCCCAAUGACUGUGUUCUUGUUCCGUGUCUAUCUGUGGCACCCAGCUCGGGUAGAGGUAUAUUACCCAGAGCCAGGUCCUCAACCACCAGACUCCCAGGGCUGCCUUGUGUCACCCUGUUUAGGAAGAGGU